UUAUUUAAGUACAUCUUUAGAAAGUAAUUGAAUAGGCUUUUGCGCUAUUAGUUGCCUGUUAUUAUUUCUGGUAGUAUACAUAUUGUACAUAUGUAUAUAAUUUUAUAAAUUGCGAAAAUUUUAUUUACAUGUUGUGUUAUUAAACGAGGAACCAUGUAAUACUAUACAACAAAAAAAACUAUACAAGCAUGGAAGUAACACGAAACAAGCAUUAUUGGUACAUGGUUGAUGGUAGUCAAUCAAGUUUAAGUGAAACUACAGAAUCAGUAACAUCAACCAAAUUAUCAACUGAACAUCAGCAAAUAAUUGAAGAAAAUUCUAAUAAAAAUAGUGAAGAACAAAAACUGAAUAAACCGCAGGCGGGUGGUUUAUCACCAGGGGUAUCCGAUGAAGAUUUAGAAAAACUAUUAAUGGAUAAAAGAUAUUUAACGAGACAAAUAAAAUGUGCUUUGGGACAAGGUGCUUGUGAUCCGGUUGGCAGGCGACUUAAAAGUUUGGCGCCUCUAGUACUGCGUGGUGCAUGUCCAAAAUGUACAAAUACGGAAAAACGACAAAUUCAAAAAACUUUGGCGUUCAUUCAAAAAAAUUAUCCAAAAGAUUGGGCCCGGCUAAUGUCAACUUAUACUGGAUAAAAUUAUGAAAGAUUGAUUUCUUCUUGUUAUUGUUGUUGUAGUUUUUUGGAUAUAAUAUACAUACAUACAUAUAUCGUACAUGUACAUUCAUAUAAAUAAUUUUAAGACCAAAUUUUUUAACUAUGAUUGAAAUGAAAUAUUUAAAAAAAAAUCACGAAUUUUUGAAUUCAACAUAAUUAUGUAUUUUUUUUAUUUAUAUCUGAUAUUUUAAACUAAUAUAAAAUAAUAUAUACAUACAUAUAUGUAAAAUAUAAUGUAAAAUAAUAUAUGUAUGUACAUGAAUAUAUUGUUUACGUACUACAACUAUAAGUUUAAAUGAAUGAAUGCAUUAUGCUUUUGGUUUCCAUUGUUUAUUGUAUUAUCAAUUUCAUGUUAGAUCUACAAGUUUUUAAUUAUUAAGUCAAGUUCGCGUGUUUCUGCAAAUAUUUUAUAAGUUAUUUUAAAUAAUAUUUAGAAAUUAUUUUUUUUUUUGUUAAUUUAAGAAAAAAAUCUCGAAAGCCAUGUAUGUCUGUAUAUUAAUAUGGAAGAAAUAUUUAUACAUGUAAGUAUAUUAUGUGAAAUAUUUAUGAAUUGAGAAACAAAAAAAAUAAAUAUAAUUACAUAUGUAUAAAAAUCAGAAAACAAUCAACCGCCUUGCGCUUUGCGCUAACAGCGCUAAAAUAAAAUAAUUUUGUGAAAAAUA